UCGAGCCCAACGGCCGAGCGAGACGCGCUGGAAGCCCCACCACUGCAAGCCUCUUCUUCAUUGGCAUCGUGAAUAGAGAGGCAUUGCAUUUUAUUGUCGUUUUGUGGUUAUGUUUACAUUAAUUACUUCUUGAUUGUUAUUCUAUCACCCAGACCUGCGUUCUAGUGCCUCAUUGUCACUUGUGUCGCCGUUUACACGGUUCAUGGUGGACAGCAGUUCUGGAGUUGUUACUGCUGCACUCAAAGUGGCAUGGAAAACUUCGUCCUUUACGAGGAGAUUGGCCGAGGCCGUCACACCGUGGUCUACAAGGGGCGCCGGAAAGGAACGAUCAACUUUGUGGCUAUCCUGUGCGUUGAAAAGUGCAAACGCCCCCAAAUUACGAACAGGGUGAGGUUAACCCAUGAAGUCAUUCAUGAGAAUAUUGUGCAGUUUCUUGAGUGGUACGAGACCAGCAAUCACUUGUGGCUGGUGGUGGAGCUCUGUACAGGGGGCUCUUUGGAUGCCGUGAUUGCCCAGGACAAGCACCUCCCAGAGGAUGUCGUGCGGGAAUUUGGAAUUGACCUUGUGAGCGGCCUGCUUCACAUCCAUGAGCUUGGCAUCAUCUUCAGUGACCUCACCCCAGCAAAGAUUAUGCUCGAUGGACCGGGCAAUCUGAAGCUCAGUAACUUAUCCCUGGCCCGAGCCGAGGGGGAGAAUUUACAAGAGUUCUUCAGCCUGGUGGCCGGAGAGGACGGGGACUCACCUGACCCUGAGGCUGCUCAAGGCUCGCCAGUCUACAUGGCCCCAGAGGUGCUCAAGGGAGAGGAAUUCAGUGUUGCCAGUGACUUCUUUUCCCUGGGAUGUAUGCUGUAUGAACUGUUUACAGGCACCCCUCCAUUUUAUUCUGAAAACUUCCCAGAGCUUAUGGAAAAUAUUUUCAAUGAGGUGCCAGCUACCCCAAGGGUAUCAGGAGAAAAUGCAAAGAAACCCUCUCCAGAAUUUGUCAACCUGCUGAAACAACUGCUUCAGAAAGAUCCAUCUAAAAGGCCGGAGAGGCAGGCUCUGCUAGAGCACCCAUUCUGGAAGGGCGCCUUUUCAGAGUCACUCCCCGGUGAUAUCGGCAAGCCUGCAGGGAAGAGUGCUUUAAAUGAGGAUGUGGUUGACGCCUCAUCUGCAUCGCCUCCCAAGGGCAGCUCCGUGGCUUCCACAGCCACCAGCCUAGACCGCAGCACCCUCAGCCGGUCCUUCAAGCUCGAGAAACCGGAUGAAUUGAGGCCUAAAAGUGUCAUGGACACGGAGAACGAGUCAAUGUUUUCUCUCAGUUCACGAUCCCGGGCAGGUGUGGGUCCAAGUGCUGCCGUUCCGCCAGGUACCCCAAGCCGGGCCAGGUCAGCCGGACAGAGACAGCCUCCCAGAACGGCAGGCACUGCAGAUGCAUCGACAGCCUCGCAGCAAGCCAGCGAGCAGGUCUUUUCUACAUGGGAGCUGAUUUUUCAUGAGUCAGACCUGCUCAUCACUCCAAUAAUUGAUAACCCCAAGAUCCUGAAGCCAGUACCAGUAAAGUUUGACCCAAAGACCCUUGGUGUCCCUGCUAUUACAGGAGAGAAGCUUGCGUACCUGCCUGAACUGGAGUUGGCCCGGUAUCUGGAGCAGCUGUGCGGCACGAUGGCAGCCACUGACAAGUCAGGCUCUCCACGCACACGACUCAACCUCCUGUGCUACCUGUGCAUCAUCAGCACGCAUCCGCAUGCCGCCAACCGUCUUCUCAACUCACAUUUGUUGUUAGUGCUGAUCCAGCAGCUGCAGUCUGCUCAAAACUGGGACAUCCGGGGGAAGUCGGCUCGUGUUCUGGCUUUGCUGGCCCAUCAUGCCACGGAGCUCAAGGAUACCACCGUGAUAUCUGAGGCCAUGACUGCCGUGACGGAGCUGGUGCGCGAGAGCUAUAGGAACAGCAAGCUGAAGCAGUGCCUGCUGCCUGCACUAGGAGAACUCAUGUGCCUUGCCACGAGACAGGAGGAGAAGAGAAGGGUAUCGAAUGAGAGCUGGCAUAUCCCAAGUGCUGCAUUCACUGUGGUACUGCGAUGCUUACGUGAUGGGGAGGAGCCUCUAACGAACCACCUGGCAGCAAAAGUAGUGGAGAAUGUGUGCAGUGGAGCCUCUGCGCAGACGAGCGGCUUUCAGACGGCAGAGGUGGGGCCCAUGCUGUGGUACCUGUUCACCCACUGCACCGUCGACUCCCUGCGUGUCACUGCCAUCUCUGCACUUUGUCGCGUGAGCCGCCGCAUGCCAAGCUGCUUUCAGAAUGUGCUGGAGAAGGUGGGGCUGGCACCUGUGCUUGAGGCACUGCUGUCGAGCAUUGCGCGCGUGCAGCAGUGCCUGCUCACCCUGUUCUGCAUCAUGCUGGCGUCGGGUGGCCACCUCCAGCGCCUUGUUCAUGAGAAGGAGUUUGUGGCAAAGAUCGUGCGUCUGCUGGAGAGUCCGUCGGUGCUAAUCCGAGCCAAGGCUUUCCUGGCACUCCAUCAGGUGCUGCAAAACAACCCCGACAUGCUGCUCUACUGCUGUCAGUCCCGGCUGGUGAUGUACAUUGAGAGGGACUCUCGACGCACAACUCCGGGUAAGGAUCAACAGCAGUGGGGGCACGAAUACCUGUCCCGGUGCCUGGAGAUCCUCACUACUCUCAUUGUCCACCAGCUGCCCCAGCUUACUGGUGAGGUUGUGUCAGUCCUGGAGAGUGUGUCCGGUAGGCGGCACCCAUCCACAGUCCAGGCCAAGCAGCUCAAGCAUCAGCUGCCCAUGCUGCCAGUCCUCUUACAUCUUGUCACCUCACAGGUGUUCAGGCCACAGAUUGUGAAUGAUGAGUUUCUUUUCAAGUAUGGGAUUCUCUUGGGGUAUAUCAAAUCAAUCGACUAUGGAGAGACCAGCAUUGAUGGCGCUGUUGGCCAGGCACAGGCGGACGAAGCAAUGAGAGUAACGCUAUCGGUGUUCGAGGCCAUCACCCAGCACCCUGUUCUGCUGACUCAGCACCACGUUGCCGUUGUGGACUCUGUUCUGCCUCCUCUGACUGCUCUUGUUCUGAGCCAAAGUGCGGAGCGCCGUAUGUUCAGCUUGCGGCUGCUGUCAGAGGCGGCAUCUGUGCUGCUUGGACACGAGGCUGUGAGCAGCAAGGCCAGCGGUGUCUCGCCUAAUGCCGGCCUGCUCCGCCUCGUCCAGGAGACCCUUCUACCAGAGUAUGAGAACCUGCUGAUGGAACCAGAUCCUGUGCCAGCAUAUGCUCUCAAGCUUCUACUCGCCCUGGUGGAUUACAGUCCUGUGUUUAUCCGGCACCUGGAGGAGUUAAACCUUGUUCCAGUACUAUUGCAAGUAUUGCAGGAGCACCAGGAGAGCAUGCUGGGAAGCAGCAUGUACAACGUGGUGUGCUUAUUGGGCAAUCUGGUUGCCAAUAAGGACACCAACAUGACCGCACUCUAUCAGCAAGGCCUGGUGGAGCGCUUGGUGCCUGCGUGCAUGGACGCCGGUGUGCUGGUACUGGAGGGGGAGAGCACCAGCAGGCCGGCCUCUCCGCUGCUGUUUGUACUGCUGGAGAUGCUGCAAGAGCUGCUGAGACGCACGGCGGAUAUGGUGCGGCGUGCGCUGCAGCAACAGAAGUUGGGGGAUUCGCGCAGCACGCAGGUUGCAGAGGACAUGCUACUUGUGAACAAGCCGUUCACUCAGCUGACCUGCACCUUCAUACAGCUGCUGUGCGUGGAGGAGAGUGAGGUGGGGGAGCGCGCUAUGAGCUGCCUGUCGCUGGUAGUGCAGCUGUACGGUGCGGAGGAUGCCGACUGCACGGGUCCCGAGAGCGCCGCACACCUCGCCACCGCUCUGCAAGCCACCGCUCCACACCCCAAACAGCAGAAGCUGCUCCUGCGCAUCAUCAAGAGGCUGGUGACUGCCGAUGAGAAGCACACCCAGAGCGUGAGGCUGCACGGCGAUGUUCUCACCUCAGCGCUACAGCAGCUGGCCAUCACUGCCAGUUCUACUGCAGAUGUGACCGUGGCAUCCCUGGCUUCUGAGAUUCUGCAGCACAUCCUGUGAAAACGUGACUGAAGAAUAUACUUCUUCCAUCUCAAAGUGUGCCUUAUGUAAAUACUUUUUUAAAGUUAAAUUACUUAGUUUUGGGAGAGAAAAAAUUAUCUUAAUAGUCAAUCAUGUAAGUAAAUUAUGUGAAUACAAAGUGUCUUUGUUUUACGAUGUUGCCCUGCAUUGUUGCAUUACAUUACAAAAUAAAUGAGUUUGGAUCCAAUUAUACCUUUAAAUUAGGAUGAAAUUUGAAAAUCGUUGUUUAUAGACCUAUUUUUGAGGAAGCCCAUGAACAGCAUGGAUCCUGUUCACAGUAGUCAGCAAUUUUUUCUCCAUUUUGAAAAUAAAUUGCAAUAUGGUCGACAAGUAAAAGCACAAAGAUAUCAACAAAACCCAGAGGUGGCAAAAUCACUCAAUGGUCUCAAUGGCCAUGUUCGAGAGCCAGUGGCACCACCCAAACUUAGGUUUAAAAUCUCGUUUCAGAUACGGGUUUCAGCUUGCUGUUAUCCAAUGGAAGAAGUUAUAUUCUUUGGUCUUUCGGUAAAGCCACGUAAAAUAAGAAAAAAUGUCCGUCAAUGUUAAGUGUGAUUGCAAGAGAGUCUUGUCUAAAUUGUCUAGUUCAAACUCUUUGGUUCUUUUGGUAAAGUCACGGAGAUAGAAAAUUAUUAGAUCACGACGUUUCGAUCGCAACACAAGCAACCGUCAUCAGGUGAGAAAAACAGCAGAACUGCUGAUGCAAAUAUCAGCAGUUCGUAACUGCAGGAAUUCAUAUUCUUUGGGUCUUUCGGUAAAGCCACGUAGAUAGAAAAAAUAAUAAAAAUAUAACGUUUUGAUCGCAACACAAGCAAUCGUCAUCAGGUGAAAAAAACAG